AUGAUAGGAAGGCAUCCUGAAAGAUGGAGGCUAGAUGCAGUAGGAAAUCCCGUUAUUAAAAGUCUUACAUCAUGUAAUGGGCCAUUAUGCUAUUAAUAUGAUCAUAUUGUUCCUUAUUCAAAAGGAGGUGAAACUUAGAUAGAAAAUUGCUAGCUCUUAUAAAGUAUUGUUAAUAAGCAUAAAUCAAAUAAAAUUGAUGCAACAUAUUCUGAAUUAAAAAAUGUUUCUCCUAAAGACGAUUUUACUAAUUUCGAAUAUGAUUGUAUUGAAAAAGCUAUAUAUGGAACUUAUUAAUCAACCACUUAUCUUAAAACUUUUUAUUAAGGAAUAUUAGUAGAAAUAUAAUCUUCUAAAUAUCUAAUAUGA